GGCUCCAAUGGCGCAGGCGGCGGCCCCGGGGCCGGCCGUAAUCCAGCUGUAGACGGUCCCGGCCUCGCCGGCGCGCGACGGCACGUCCCUGCAUUGAUAAGGGAAGAAACGAUCCUUAUCUCGCGCAUCUCAAAUCUCAACUGGUCUCAAAGAAAAAAGGAGAAACAAUUUUCAACAAGUUGUGCAGUGAAAACGCAAAACCUGCAUAGAUAAUAAGGGAAGAAACGAUCCUUAUCUCGGCGAACCCGGCUGAUUAGCCUAAUCACCGUCCGAUCCCGGGAUACUCGAAACCAAACCCUCGCCAACGCCGGCACGCCGCCGCCCACGGGCCACGGGCCACGGCCCCCGUCCGGGUAUAAGUACACGUCAUCCUCGUCCACCGAAUAGCUCGUCCAAACGGAUGAGCCAAUCCAAGGACGCCGCGCCGAGUCCAACUCGGAGGGCGACCUCCAAAUAGCCAGGGAGAGAUCUCCCUAUCCGCCCCGCCACCGUACGCGGCGAAUCCGCGAUGCUCCUCCUCCCGGCCGCCGGAGCCCGCGACGCCACCGCCUGCCCCCUCGGCCUCCAGACCCUAAUCGCCGCCGACUCCGACGCCCCCACCUCCUCCUCGUCCUCCCCGUGGGGCGGCAACGUGGCCACGCGCACGAUCGCCGCCUCGGCCCGCGCGGUGCGUUGCCUCGCCAGCGCCAGCGGCGGCGGCGUGGGGGAUGGCUGCGACGGGAGGGAGGGGGAGGAGGGGGGCGGGUGCUGGGUGUCUUACGGGUGGCGGCGGCGCCCGCGGCGCCUGCCGCCGCCGAUCCCGUCGCUCCGGCCGCUGGCGCGGGAGCGCACCGCCGACGGCCGCCUCGUGAUCUCGCGGGAGGGGGCCGCGCACCGCGUCGGCGCCAGGAAGGUCGAGGACCGCCGCCUCGUGCUGGAGCUCGUCGACGAGCGCGACGGCGGCGCGGCGGCGCCCGCGCACCAGCAGCGUCCGCGGCGGUGGUCGCAUCCGCUGGACGGGCAUCAGGAAGCCAAGCCUGCGGCGGGCGAGGAGGCCGCCGCGCGGGCGCCGGCGGCGUCCCCGGUCCCGGCCGAGGCGUGCUUCGAGGGCGCGAUCCGCGCGGCGUCGCGGCGCGGGAUGCGGAUGAGCUUGCCUAGGAUGGUGCAUUGAGAGGAAUGAAUCUCAUGUCUUGCAAGCUUGCAAGCAUGCAGCUGUCGCAUGCGCCUCGAGCAAAAUUUUGCGGCCGUAGGAACAAUUUUGUAGUCACCGGAGAGGACGGAAUUCUUGUAGUCGCCGUCGUCGUCGAAUUCGUAGGUGCGAUCAAUACCGGAUUAUAGCGAGAGAAUCAUAGCAGUGUCCAUCAAUUUUGAUUGGUGGUGAGGAGUGUGCCAAGAAAUUCUCUUUUUACUGGUUGCGGCUGGAUUAUUUCCGGCGAAGAGACAUGGAUACCUGGGAUAUGGCACGAGAAGGGUUUAAGAAACUCUUGGAUCCUAAUGUGCCAUAGAUUCUGCACAAGGACAAAUAAUCCCAGAACCCAACGGCUUGAAUGUGCUGAUAUGGAUACGACUUUGAUGAGAUGGAGAUGUGAAACCCCAAAUGCUCUUCGAGUCUUCGUUACUGCAUAGUUAUUGUGAAUUUUGCAGCUGGUACUCUGCAUGGAUAUGGUGGUAAUGAAAUGCGCUGGUUGUUGUUUCCCACUGGGUAUGUCAAUGUAAAUUUGAAGUCGACGUUGCCGUUGCAAAUGAGUUGGACUAAAAUGUA